GAUCACCGGCCACAGUGCAGAGGAAGGACGGCUCGGUCCGCAGAGCUUCCAGAUGGCUGAGUUGGAUCUGAUAACCCCAGGUCCACUGCCUGGGGUCACUGUUCACCCUAUGGCCCAUCUCAGCUCAGACUCUGGGUCAGCCAGCCCCGAAGAAGAGGAGGAUGCGGGCUCCCCGGGAAGGCCAGUGGAGGAGGCUGAGGGCCAGGGCCAGGGAAGUGGCCAGGCAGAGCCAGGGGCUCCCGGUGGUGAGGGAGAGGAGGACAUCCUGUGUGACUUCUGUCUUGGAGCCAGCAGAGUGAGGGCAGUGAAGUCCUGUCUGACUUGCAUGGUGAAUUACUGUGAGGAACACCUCCGGCCACACCAGGAGAACAGCAAACUGCACAGCCACCAACUAACUGAGCCGGCAAAGGACCGAGACCUGAGGACCUGCCCUAGCCACCGCAGCCCCCUGGUCGCCUUCUGUCAUAAUGACCAGCAGUGCACCUGCCAGGAAUGCGACCAGGAUGAGCACAGGGGCCACACUACUGUCUCCUUGGAUGCUGCCCGCAGGGACAAGGAGGCUGACCUUCGGCGUGUCCAGCUGGAACUGGAGCAGAAACUCAAGUUGAAUGAACAUGCCAUUGCCAGGCUCCAAGCCAACCAGAAGUCUGUUUUGGUGUCUGUGUCGGAGGUGAAGGUGGCGGCUGAGGAGCAGUUUGGAGAACUCCUUGCGGCCGUGAGGAAGGCCCAGGCCAACGUGAUGCUCUUUCUGGAGGAGAAGGAGCAAGCUGCUUUGAGCCAGGUCAAUGGUAUCAAGACCCACCUGGAGCACAGGAACGCGGAGAUGGAGAAGAGCAAACAGGAGCUGGAGAAGCUGGUGGCCAUCAGCAACACUGUCCUCUUCCUGGAGGAGUACAGCAAGUUCAAGAAGACAGAAGACACUGACUUCCCUAGCAUUUACAUAGGGCUGAAGGACAAGCUUUCGGGCAUCCGCAAGGCCAUCGAAGACUCCACCGCUCACUUGAUCCGGCUGCUGGAGAACUAUAAGGAGAGGCUUCAGGAGUUCUCCAAGGAAGAGGAGUAUGACAUCAGAACUCAAGUGUCUGCCAUUGUUCAGCGCAAAUAUCGGACCUCAAAACCUGAACCCAGAACCAGGGAAGAGUUUCUCCAAUAUGCGUGUGACAUCACACUGGACCCAGACACAGCGCACAGGUACCUUCGGCUGCAGGAGGACAACCGCAAGGUCACUAACACGUCCCCGUGGGAGCAUCCCUAUCCGGACCUCCCCAGCAGGUUCGUGCACUGGCGCCAGGUGCUGUCCCAGCAAAGUCUGUACCUGCACAGGUACUACUUUGAGGUCGAGGUCUCCGGCGGUGGAACCUACGUCGGCCUGACCUGCAAAGGCAUCGACCGCAAAGGGGAGGCCCGCAACGGUUGCAUUUCUGGGAACAACUUCUCCUGGAGCAUCCACUGGAAUGGGAAGGAGUUCACAGCCUGGCACAGUGACACAGAGACCCCCCUCAAGGCUGGCCCCUUCCGAAGGCUGGGGGUCUACGUGGACUUCCCAGGAGGGACCCUUUCCUUCUACGGCGUCCAGUACGACGUCAUGACUCUGAUUCACAGGUUUGACUGCAAGUUUUCAGAGCCAGUCUACGCUGCCUUCUGGCUUUCCAAGAAAGAGAACGCCAUCCGCAUUGUGGAUCUGGGCGAGGAACCUGAGAAACCCGCCCCGGACCCUGCCGGGGCUGAGCCCUAGGGCGCUGGGUCUCAUCCCUUUGGGCUGUCUUAGGGGCAGAGAUAUCUGCCAGUGCUGGUUGGUUCUUGCCAUCCCGUGUCUCUGAAUGAGGGCGGUCUGUGUAUUUACAGAGAUUCCAAGGCCCCUUAGAUUCCACCAUUUUCUAGUAAUAGCCUGCUCUGGUGCAUGCCAUCCUCUGGGCAGAAUUCGCCACUGGGACUGACUCCUCAGAGAACUACCUGGACGGCCGAGGAAUCCCAGUGAACUGCAGGCUUUAUUGCCACCCGAUUGCUAUGUGCUGGGCAGCGUUCUUAGCAUGGUCCUCCGUGUUAAUAAUUCACUUCAUCCUCAUGGGGGAAAUCCUUACAUUGCCCCUCAUGUUGCAGAUGCGGAGGGUGGUUAGUAACUUGCUCAAGGUCACUCUGGUUACUCAGUAAGUGAGGGGGCAGAGCUAGGAUUCAGAUCUGGGACGGUAAAUUGGUGUACUUGGGACUGCUCUGUUACAUUGCGUAUAAGGGAAUAAACCACAGAUGAACUGCAUAGAGAAGCAGUCUUAAGUGUA